CUCUGGCCGCCGCGGCGUCAUUUCAGUGGCCGGCGCCGCGCCGACUCCCGCCCGCCCUUCCGCAGCGCUCAGGAGGAAAUGGCUGCGAGACCCUGGAGGCCGUGCGGCCUGCGGAGCUCACUGCACAGGAGCAGUUGGUAGAUAAUUUGAGUUGUUGAGACCACAGAUCCUGUUUUUUGUGAACAGUGACUGACGACAGCCUUUUUUGAGACCAGCUGUUGAUGACUUGGACCAAGUGAUUUCAUCGGCCAGAUUUUCCAUUGUAUCUCGAACUUCAGGAAAGAGUGUCCACGCUUUCAGCGUUGGGGGCAGGUUUUCAGUUUAUGCCAGUCAUUCCCUUAGGAUGGAACAUGGCAUAAAAUCUGAAGUGUCAUUAGCGUUUAAAUGCGGUUGAAGCCUGGACAGCCCGGAAAGGAAUCCUCAGGCAUGGAUGAUAAAGGAGACCCAACAAGUGAUGAAACACCCAAGGCCAUCAAACCCACAAGUAAAGAGUUCAGGAAAACCUGGGGCUUCCGGAGAACCACGAUAGCCAAGCGUGAGGGCGCAGGAGAUGCUGAAGCGGACUCUUUGGAGCAGGCACCACAGCCGCCGCAGCAGAGCCUUUCCUUGCGACGCAGUGGGAGGCAGCCAAAGCGCACUGAGAGAGUAGAGGAGUUCCUUACGACUGUCAGACGCAGAGGAAGAAAGAGCGCUCCUGUCUCCCUGGAAGACUCAAGCGAGCCAACGUCUUGUCCAGUCACCGAUGUCGAAACUGCCUCUGAAGGCAGUGUAGAAAGCACCCCUGAAAUCAAAGGUGGCCCAAAGUCUGGCGCCACAGGUGUUAAGGAACGACCAACCUCUUCUGAAAAGGCAAAGGGAGGUGACGAGGAUGACGACACCUCCGAUAGCGACAGUGAUGGGCUAACUUUGAAAGAACUUCAGAAUCGCCUUCGAAGAAAGCGAGAGCAAGAGCCGACCGGCAGGCCCCUGAAAGGCAUACAGAAUCGCCUGAGGAAGAAGCGGCGCCAGGAGGACCCCGCCGAGACUGUGGGCGUCGAGGCAGGCAGCGCUGUGGAGAGUGCACUGCCUAGUGGGCCUGAGGCUGGCCAGGUGACUGUGUCCCACGUGGCAGGAGAUGACAAGGAGAGUAAGCCGGAAGGGAGAGUGGCUCAGGGACUUAAAGAGGAAGAGCCCGGAGAGUUGGUCAAGCACAAACCCGAGUGUGAGGUUUAUGACCCCAACGCCCUAUACUGCCUGUGCCGACAGCCUCAUAACAACAGGUUUAUGAUCUGCUGUGAUCGGUGUGAAGAGUGGUUUCACGGCGACUGUGUGGGCAUCUCUGAGGCUCGAGGGAGGCUUCUGGAAAGGAAUGGGGAAGAUUAUAUCUGCCCAAAUUGCACCAUUCUGCAAGUGCAGGACGAGGCUAAUUCAGAAACCACAGAUCAGCAGGAAACUAAAUUUAGACAUGGAGACGCCGAUGGCACAGAGUUUACGAGCAUAGGAAUAGUAGAACAAAAAUCUAGUGAAGACCAAGGAAUAAAGGGUAGAAUUGAGAAAGCUGCAAAUCCAAGCGGCAAGAAAAAGCUCAAGAUAUUUCAACCUGUUAUCGAGGCUCCCGGUGCCUCCAGGUGCAUUGGCCCUGGGUGUUCUAACGUGGCGCAGCCUGACUCUGUUUACUGCAGCAGUGACUGCAUUCUUAAACACGCUGCAGCUACUAUGAAAUCCCUAAGUUCAGGUAAAGAACCAAAACCAAAACUGAAAGAAAAGCCCAAGACGAAACCAGAAAAGCUCAGUCUUCAAAAAUGUAGCAUUCAGGCUGGCAUUAAAAUUUCUUCCAUGCACAAGAGACCAGCUCCAGACAGAAAAGAAAACAUUGUGAAGAAGACUGUGGUGGCGCCUUCUAGGAAUGAAGCGCUCGUUAAGGAAACAACCCCUGAAAGCAGCACGCCGUCCUGGGCAAGCGAUCACAAUUACAAUGCAGUAAAGCCAGAAAAGACUGCUGCUAUUUCGGCGUCACUGUUGUAUAAAUCUGUGAAGGAUGACAAGAGGACUAGGGAGAAGGUGGCAGCCGCUGUCACCGUGCCCAAGAAAAUGGCUCCUUCAGGCCCUGUGCUCAGCAAGCAGCCUUCUUCCCUGCCUGGCAACCUCCCGAAGAAGUCGCCCGCUUUCGUUCAUGUGUCAGCCGCCAAGCAGGCCAUUAAGAAGUCACCCUCAGGUUUCAAGGGUACGGUACCCAAGAGACCCUGGUUAUCAUCCACGCCCAUGGCCAAUGCCUCUGCUGCCAAGCAGCUGGGGCUGGCGCCUACAGCGGCAGCGGCCACCCCUAAGAAGUUACCUGGCUCUUCUGCUGUGGGUCCUUCUGCUGUGGCCGGAGCGAUGAGGAAGCCGGGGGCUGUAUCUGCUCCUGGGACCUCUCCAGGACCAGGACGGCUCGGAGCUGCGAGUCCCGCCCCGUCACAGCCCAAUUCACAGAUCCGACAGAAUAUAAGACGCUCUCUAAAAGAGAUUUUGUGGAAAAGAGUCAGCGACAGCGACGACCUGAUCAUGACAGAAAACGAAGUGGGCAGAGUUGCCCUCCGUAUCGAGAAGGAGAUGUUCAGCUUGUUUCAAGUUACAGACAAUCGCUACAAGAGCAAAUACCGCAGCAUCAUGUUCAACCUUAAGGAUCCUAAAAAUCAGGGACUCUUCCAUAGAGUUCUGCGUGAGGAAAUCUCUUUGGCAAAACUUGUGAGAAUGAAGCCAGAAGAGCUCGCGUCUAAAGAGCUGUCCACGUGGAAAGAGCGACCAGCAAAACCUGUGAUGGAGGCCAGAACUAAAUUGCAUAAUGAAAGCAAGAAGACUGCCAUUAAACAGGAAACCAUUCCUGAUAUGGAAGACUCUCCCCCAGUGUCAGAUUCGGAGGAACAGCAAGAGUUGGUACGAGCUGUACCUGAAAAGAGCAGCACGCCCCCUCUGGACGUCUUCAGCAGCAUGCUGAAGGACACCACCAGCCAGCACCGGGCACACCUGUUUGAUCUCAACUGUCGAAUCUGCACAGGCCAGGUUCUGUCAUCAGAAGAUGAGCCAGCUUUGAAAAAACCAAAGCUGUCGACGUCGGCUAAGAGAGAAGACGCCAGGUCCAGGCACGACAGCAUACUCUCGGAGUCUGCUCCUUAUGCUGAGGAGGGGAUGACAGAAAGUCCACCUGAGGGCGCUGCUGAGCCCGAGCCGGAGUGCACGCCUCUUCCAGAUGUGGAGAGAAGCCAUCCCCCUGUCCCUCCAGGACUCAGCCAUCCAGAGCCAUCUCCUCUGCAGGACUUCGCCCCCUUCCCGGCCUCCUGUGGGGGCCCAGUGGCCACCACGGUUACAGUAUCUGGCAGAGACCCCAGGACUGCACCAAGUGGCACUGUCUCAGCCUCCACAGCUUCCCGUCCCACCAGUAGCCUUCUCCCGGACAGUGCACACGUGGCAGAAACCAGACAGGACUCUCCGAAGCCUGCUCUGACCUCUGUGGUGAUGCCCAAGUCCAUCCUGGCCAAGCCAUCCUCGUCACCUGAACCAAGCACCUCAGAGUCACGGUCCCCUCCAGAAGGAGACACGACACUUUUUUUGUCUCGGCUUGGCACCAUCUGGAAAGGAUUCAUCAACAUGCAGAGUGUGGCAAAAUUCGUCACGAAGGCGUAUCCUGUAUCUGGGUGUUUUGAUUAUCUCAGUGAGGAUUUGCCAGACACGAUUCACAUUGGUGGGAGGAUCUCACCGAAGACGGUUUGGGAUUAUGUUGGCAAACUCAGAUCUUCUGUCUCUAAGGAGCUGUGUCUGAUCCGCUUUCAUCCAGCCACAGAGGAGGAGGAGGUUGCCUACAUUUCUCUGUACUCAUAUUUUAGCAGCCGUGGCCGUUUCGGGGUGGUCGCUAAUAACAACAGGCACAUCAAGGACCUCUACCUGAUCCCGCUGAGCGCUAAGGACCCUAUCCCAUCCAAGCUUUUGCCCUUUGAGGGACCAGGUAAGCGCCAACUUUCUGAGUAGUAAUUAGGCACCACUGGUCACCAGAUGUCCCUCACCCCGGACACCAAGCCUCAGCUUGUCAGAAGGCAGACCAGGCUGUUGUCCCUGCCUGGCUUUCUAGGAACGGGUUGGGAGCACAAGUGAAGAAGUGUUAGCUAUAAACGCCACUUGUGGGGCCUAGGAACCGUGCAGAAGAUGGACCCCUUCUUAGCCUAAGCUGUGUAGGGAGCUUUCUGAGGAGAGGAGAAUCCACAGCCUCCAGCCGCCUGUCCUGGCAUCCAGGUGGAGGGGCGUUCAGAUGCAGACAGCCAGGGAUGAGCUGAUGAGGAAAGGUCACCCUUCAUAAAGGCGCUGGGUCCCGGUCUUCACUCUAACUGGAACCUUUAUCGACUCAAUAUCCAGCUCAGGAAAGAGCCCGUAUCAGGAAGUAGAUUUUUGCCCUCUGGGGUCACUUCUUCAACAGGCGCAUUGAUUUCCAGGAAAUACAUAUAAAAUAGUCGUGGAGUAGAUUAAAAUAAUUAUUUUCAGCAUCUUUUGCUUAAAUUUAGUAAGUUCUUUUAUAUUUGGCAAACUGCGUUGUAUUUGCUCAUUCCUUAGAAAGUGCUGCUUUUAAAGAAUUGGUUAUAAAUUAAUCUAAAAAAUAACAAGGUCUGUCAAGGAGCUGAGGUUCUCUGGGGAUGUGGUCUGAGAGAGGUGAGUGGCUGAGUUGGCAUCCACUCUGCUAAGCCCUGAGUAGAUGUUCCUGUGACUUAGGUCAGGGAACUGGGAAAAGCUGCCCAGAUUCAAGUGUCUCCUUGGCCAUAAGGUCCACAGAGGGUGAAUACUACCUCAAAGGUGACGUUCUUAAUGCAUUUUAAACGUGUCUUCAAAGUGCUUUGUUCUAGAAGCGGUGGCUGACACUCUGAGUACUGAAGGCGGGUGCUGGCAUAGAUCGCUGGCUUCUCAGUGUCCUUCGUCCCGUCACAGUCCUUGGCAAGUGCUCAGCCCACAGCCGCACAGAGCUUGGACCUACGGGGGCGGAGGAGGGUGAAGGGGGGCCAGGGUGCCACUCACUGCACACAAAUAAUCAGGGUCCCUGUGCGGGGCCAGAGUCCCCCAUGCACAAGCCUGGCCUCCAGACCCCAACUAGAGCUCCUUCUAGCACCUGGUGGUGUGGGGUUGGCUGGUCCUUGCUUUUCUGAAUUGUGCCCGUAGAAGUAUUGGUUGGUAUCAGCAAUUCCAGGACUAAAUAUUGGCCGGCAUGAUACAUUACUUUAAUGCCAUAUACAUUUGAAAAGCGAAGUGCUUCAAAACGUCUCUCACACUCUCGGGGUAAAGAAACGCCACCUCACUCGUGGCCAGAGAGAGCCUCACAGAAGGCUCUUGGUGGCCAGCCGUAUGAAGAGAGCUGGCCAGUUUCUACAAUGACUGUUGGAAGGAAACGUCCCAUUUUCCUGAAGGUGAAGAGCAAGAAGCUGACCUAGCCGUCUGCCAAGAGCCUCUGGUCAGUCCCACAUGUAAAAGCUUGUGUGUAGGAUGGGAGUGUGCGUGUGCCGUCCUGGGAGCUACACAUGGUGAAACCCUGAAGCAUGCUCCUCAAAGUGAAAAGAGCACUUUUUGUUUAUAGUGAUGCUGCUUAGCAGACACAGAGCCUUCCUUUUUAAAAACAAAGCGAAAUGUAACCUCCUCCCUGCUCCACCCCAGGUUUAGCUGUGAAAGCACACUCUCUGUCAAUCUGGGAACUGGGAGGCGGGUACUGAAAGACACCUGGUGUGUCUGCCAGGCUGGCAUGCAAUGCAGCAAGGCUCUGUGACAGCCCUGCCCGGCCAGGCAGGUGGGGAAUCCACUGUGAGGGGACCCCACGACAGCGGUCAGGGGAGGAGCAGCCGCCUGGGUCACUGGCAGGGGGAAGGACCAGGAGGGGACGCCCUCGCCCACCUGCCCAGUACCCUGGGCCCUGCUGGCAUCGUGGGCACCUCACUCACCUGCCUCAGCACACUUCCCCUGUGCAGUCACACACGCGAGGGAGACACACCAAGAUUGCAUGUUUCCUUAUACAAUAAAGAACAGAUUGGGCUUGUUAAAAAUAGGAAAAAAAAAAAAAAGAUUUUAAAAAAUCCGUAAUCACCGAAGUCUUGCCCGUAUGCUUUUAAAUACUUUAGAGGCAUUUCUUCUAAAUCUAAGCCUGUUAAACCUAGCCUAGUGUUUUUCGUUUCAUGUUCCUGAUAACAUAUUUGACAAUAAUAUGUGUAUAAUAUUUAAUAUACUUCAUAUUAGCUAACAACCUUGACCCCAGGCCAGGUGACUUUCUUAACAUGCUUCACGUGUUCAUAGCUUUGUUGUGCGUGCCUUGGAGUAUUGUAGACACAGAUGUGUGCAUGUGUGUCCUGGUUUAGUCAUCUGUGUGCAGUCACUGGUGGGUGUGUGUGUCUGUUGAAUUAUUUCUGUGUAGAACCCUUUGGGAGGGCAUCAUUGGGGGCCUGAGGAGAGUGCCAUGUCUCUUCAGGACGCCCCACCCCACAGCAUGAGCGCCCCCACCUUCUAGCACGAGCUCACACCCAGUGAAGCCCCCACUGCCCUGCACUCACCCAUGGGGUAUUGAGGAGGCUGUCACAGGUAGAGGUUACUGCAGACAUUUAGAGAGUUACCUUAGCCACAAAAAAUGACGGGUGUGCUUGCCCUGACCCCUUACUGUAGGCACUCAAGAAGCAAGUGAGGGCGACAAGGCCGUGCUUUUCCCAACACUGUAGCUCAGAGCAGCUCUGCUGCCAGCCCCUGGGCAGAGUUCUUUCCUCAGCGCCACAGCAGCACUCGGUGACAGUGACCGUGAGGAGCGGCUCCCAUACACAGCUCCUUGGGGACAGGAAGUGCCAGGCCACCUCUCCUGUCCUGCAGCCUCGUGCUGUGCUGGGGCCGCGUCUUUUUGGAGGGUGGCUGGGAGCCUCUUCCCGUGCUGGCCCAUAACCCUGCAUGUGCAUGAGACUGUGGCCUUGUCCGUGGCAGGAAGAUUCUAGUCACAGCUGAAGCCAGGCCCACGGGGAUCUGUGUGCGAGGGUAAGAGGAGUUGACUUGAAGUAAAGGGGGCCUCGCUAAUUUUCCCUGAGCAACCAGAUCCCUGGUCAUUCCUGAAGGUACUGCUAGGGCUCGGGUCUUUGUUUGGAGUGCCUGGUGAGUAACUUUAGGGUUAGAAGACAUAGGGGUACAGGACACACCUUUUUUCCCAGGUGAGGGGGCACCACUGUCCUGUGUUAGGUGCUUUAUGGAGAGGAUCUUGAACACUGGAAAGCACUUCUUAGAUGGCCUGGAUCCAUAAAAUAGGGUCUUGUUUUUGCAUCCGUGUUUAACUGCAGCCUAAGUUAGCUGAAAAAUCCGUGCCUUGAAAUACUGUCAGUCAGGUCAGCAUUUCUUCAGUUUUCAUGUGUGUACCGAUAGCUUUGCACAGAAAUUGUAAUCAAAGUCAAAAAUAGUUUUGAAUGGCAUGUACUGCUUUCUCCUUCAAAAUCAAUAAAAGUGAAUUGUGGACAUUGGUCAUGUUUCUUUACACGUGAACCUGCCAUAGGUCUCCACCCACCUUUUGGUGUCAGGAGCCACUGUGACACAACCCCCGCUGUGCACCCAGCCCUGGAGCCGCAGACUGCCCAUGGGCGUCGGUGAAGACGCACAGCUCUCUUACCUGGCCUGAGAGCACGGAGGCCAGCGGCUUUGUGGGGGGUCCAGGGAUCCGACACAGGAGGGGUCUGUGUGUGUGUGUGUGUGUGUGUGUGUGUGUGUGUGUGUGUGUGUGUGUGCUCAGUACGGUGGGGAGGUCCAGUGUUUCCCACUGUAUUUGCCAAUUCUCUUUCUCUCCAAGUCAAACCUAACUGUUGCUUGUUAAUUCCCGCACCGUUUCUGUGCCAGCAGGUGUGCACAUCCUGUUUUGAUGGAUUCAGAGCCUCAGAGGGCUUUCAUUUUACAACACGAGUGGUGGAACACACCGGGUAGACUUGGGGGUAAAGCAUCACUUGAUAGCUUUGGGGGUAAAGAGGAAGAGUUGGCUUUCAGACGGGCUCCCUCGGAAAGCUCAGCCUCAUCACCAUGUAUCAGGUUUGAUACGUGUGCUGGGACUUCACAGGGGACCACAAGGCAGCGUCCUCAGAACCAGGGUGGUCUGCCUGCUCAGUCACCCCCUGCCCCUCCACCCACUCGCUGAUACGUCUGAGCACGGGCCCUGGUGGUGGCGUCUCAAGUGGUUAACUGGCACACAUCUCUCUGUGCCCCUUGUCCUCGGGUUUCUCUUUCUGUUCCCGUACAAGCUGUCUGCUGUAACCACCGAGACUGAGGCUGGACCCUAUGGCCACGAAAAUGUAAGGGUGACGUGCACGGAGCUGAAAGGGCUCACUCCACACACGACACGUUUUGAAGGAAACCAGUUACUGGUUUGUGUUUCAGCGGGGCGGGGGGACAAAACCCUUGUCUGAUAAGCCGUCCUUGUCUAGCAGUCGGGGAUGGCACGUUCAACUGCCACUGCCACUUAAGUGUCCUGCCCGCCUAAUGCUCUCUUCCUCAUCUUUGUGGUCUGUGAACCUCACAGCAACCCCAAAGGGGCAGUGGGUAAAUGGGUGUCCUCACCUCGAUGGCGAAGAGAGGAGGUUUUUGCAACACCGGAGCUGCCUUGCUGAGCCUGGCCUGUCUGGCCCUGGCCGUGGGCCUCCGGCCGGUCACAGUCCCAGGCUGCUCCUGGGCUGGCCUCGGCAUCUCCUCAACCCACAAUCACUCUCCAAGGGCGAAUGUGCCUGGCGUGGCAGGGCGGCCACCAAAACUGGCGAGCCUGGACCGGCUGGGAAUGGGGCAUUCAGAAGGAAGCCUGGCCCCAUCGCGCUGCCCCCACAUGGAAGCACGGGUAGGGGAGUUUCAGAGGACUUUGACCUCACUUGUCCGGUGGCUAGACAAGUACCUGGGGCGGGUGUGGGACGAGAUUAAGUUGGCACGUGUCCUUUGGUUCAAUAGAGGUCGCUUUUAAGAUCCGAGUCAGAUUAGCGAAUUUUAUUCUUUGUCAUAAAAACAACCAAGGUGCGUGUGACAUUUCAAAUAUUCAUGCAACCAUAACAUUUAAAUAAACGAAUCAGGUGGUGAGAUUUGACUAGAUGUGUUCAUUUUGGGACAGCCCAGUUUAAAAUCUUGGGAAAGGUUAGUGGGGAAGUUCAGAGCUGACACUGAUCGGAUUUUGGAGUUCCAUUAGACCUCUUAGCCAGUGUGUAAGAUGAGGUACUUGGGAGUGGAAAGCCCUUUAAAACACUGGCUGCUGCUUUGGACGUAGGCCUCUAGGUAGCUCGCAGUUUUAAAAACCAGUGCGAAACAGUGACCCUGCCUCCGACACACAACAACAAAGACUAGCCUUUGAAGAGUUUUCCGGGCCUGGCUGUACUGAUUCUUUUUCUCUGAUAAGCAUAUUAGAGCAUUAAAAGUUGUACUUGCAACAGUGGGUACACCUGUCUCCCCAGGCUUAACACCACGGUUUACCUGCCUCAGCAGCUUGUGGCCUGAAACUUGAUUCAAACCCAGAGCUCUCCAGUUAGCCCUUCAGAAGUUGAGCUUUGCUCUUGUGAGGUGGCAGAGCCCUCUGCAGUGAGGAUAGGUCAUUCCCAGACUGCCGAGGGUGACUUAGCUUAGAGCUUCCCAGCCCUGGCCGCCUGGUGCUGCUUCCCCGACCCACGGUCGAGCACAUCCUUUCAUUUCUGCUCAGAUUCUUCUGAAGCUGCCCCAUGUAGAUCCCAAGCAUGCGGCUCUGUGUGCAAACCUAUAUUGCAAGUUUGGGGACCACUGUCAGCAAAUACAUUAGUUGCAGAUAGGCCAUGGCAGCCAGGUGAGUAGGUGACCAUACCCAAAACUCUGGGCUUGAGUAAGCCACAAGGUAUUCAGUAAAGAGGUAUUUCAUUGAGAGAAGCACUAUUCUAAGUUAAAGUCUCUUUAAUUCUUGUUAGCUAGAAAGAACUUGGUAGAUUGCCCUUCACAUUUGUGGAGCAGAAAAAGUGGAUGUGACACUCAGGGUAGUUUACCUGACUUCGCAGCUCCCCCUCCCUGCCCAGCUCUCCUCAGUGACACUGCCGUCCCAGAGGGGCAGCGAGGGCAGCUAGAAAGCCCCUUUCCUGUGAACAGGUGUGUGGGAUGCUGGGGUCUAUUAGCGACAGCUUAGGGCCUUGCUCCCUUCCGUUCGGACCUCAGCUCUUACACACCAGCUUGUGAAGCAAAAAGACUGUUAGGACACCAGGACCAGCACCGGUUGCCAUCAAGGUGGUUUCCACUCAUGGUGACCCCACAUGUGUCAGCCCCACUGAGGAGGGACGCUGGGUCUUCCAGCUCUGUGCACCAGGGUUUUCUCCUGUUGUGGGCACAGGGCACAGUCAGGAAGGUUAGCACCCUGUCUUAGAACUACGAGGUGUGUCCAAAAACAACUUUGUCAAGUAAUUUCCCUUGUAAAUUUUUAAACUGCAAAGACAGAAGAUCUUAAUGCAGACUUCAGUUUAAGUAAAAAGCUAGGCGAUGUGUACUUUGUAUGCUCUGCAGUUGUCCGUGCACCGACUUUGUACAGUUUGAUUCAUUUGAAGUGAUGUGCGCUGCUGACGGUGUCAGCCCUUGCUGUCCCCAUUGCUCCAAAACUACUGUUUGUGGCUUGGCUUUUCCCCCUUUGGCAUUCUGGAUUUUCUGUGGCGGGAGGAGGGGGCCAGUACUGGAGUCAGACCAUUCCUGACAUAACCCACCACAACCUGGAACGUUUGGAGUCUUGUGUGUGUGUGUGUGUGUGUGUGUACAGUAAAAAUAUACACAGCAAACAUCAACAGUUUCCACACGUAUACUUCAGCGGCAUUGGUUACGUUCAAGUUGUACAACCAUUCUCGCUGUCCUUUUCCAAAUUAUUCCAUUGCCACUAACAUAAGCUCAAAGCCUCCUUAGCAGAGACCCGCUUCCCCACCCCCCACCCCUGGUAACUGCUAAUCAUUUUCGGUGUAUAUAUUUGCUUAUUUCACUUUUCUGUUUAUGCCUGACUUGUGUUCCAUUUUACCUGUGUCCCACAUUUUGUUUAUCCAUCUGUUGAUGGGCACUUGGGUUGUUUUCACCUUCUGGCUGCUGUGAAAAGUGCUACAGUGAACAUUGGUGUACGUGUCUGUUUCCAUGGCUACUGUGAAAUAUCCUUUUUAAGAAAUACUUUAAAAACUGCCUUGUCUGCCUGGAGACAGCAGUGUGUUUCUGCCCAGUGGCCUCUCCCUCCCAAGCCUCGGGGCUUCCUCUCAGCAGGCCCUGCGCCCACGGGCUGCAGCUGCGGGAGAUUCCUGAAGGCUCAGUGCUCAGCAGCCUCUGCAGACCAAGACAACACUCACUUUAGCAUUUCUGUCAGAAGCAUCAUUCCCCCUCCUAGGAGCCCCGUUAAAAUUCUGACAGCAGACUAGUGCAUUUACAUGAUGGUUUGUUCUUUCUUGAUCAUUACAAUUGAGUUGAAGAAUUGGUCCCUAACUGAACAUGUGACAUUAGCAUAUUUAGACUCAUCUGUUAUGUAUUGCAACUCAUGUUAAGGACAAAAAGGACUGUUGACUGCUCACUAAGGUUUUGUUCUACAAAUAUCCAUCAUAAAGAUACUUUCAAACCCUUGUAGGGGAAGUUUCAAACAUCUGUCCUUGGCAUCCCCACACCACCGCUUACUACUUCAGCGUUCUGGAUCGCAUGAAUUCUGACAAUUGGGAUGCAUUUUGCUCACGAGUUGGGUCCUUGGUUCCGUGGUUGUGCCUCAGCUCGUGGCCCCUCAGAGGCCGAUGUGAGGGCCAGGCAGGCGAGUGUCCGGUGGCACCGAGCCUUCAGUCUGCUGCCCUGAGCUCUGCAUUAAGCAUGUGGUUCUGUGUUUGCUGCCGUUUCUUUCCUGGGCCUGGAAGGAUUCCCCCACCGAAACCCUUAAGCUUACUUUUAAAGGAUCAGCGCUGAUUUAGAUUC